AGGUAACGUCUACGCAUGCGCAAUAUCUGUUGCUAACAAUGCUCCAGCGCUUGUUAAAUCCGUUCAUUCGGUUAAAUCAGAGGCACCGUUCUUUAACCUGUAAAGGUUUAAAAGCUUUGUGCAUCCACCAACUGCACACUAGUGGUGCUGAAUUUACGCACAGUUAUUGUGAUGGACUGUACCCCGGACACAUCCAGACCACCGCCUUCCAGAAAGCGCUAUUGGCCGUUGGAUCAGGUGUGGCGGCUCUCCAUGACCCCUACAGACACGACAUGGUUGCUGUGCUGGGAGAGACUACAGGACAUUUAGCGCUUAUAAACCUCAGGGACCGGAUGAAAAAUGACCCUGAGGGUUACACCAUCCUGACAGAGAGGCCGAGGAUCCGUCUGUCCACCCUCGAUCUGGAAAAGAUGGCCACCCUACCCGAUGGGACGUUUGGCCGAGAGUAUCUCAGAUUCCUGGAGGAUAAUAAAGUGACCCCUGACUCUAGAGCGGAGGUGAAGUUUGUGGACAACGAGGAGCUAGCUUACAUCAUGCUGAGAUACAGAGAGGUCCAUGACUUGUUGCACACUUUACUGGGCAUGCCUACCAACAUGCUGGGUGAGGUGGCGGUGAAAUGGUUUGAAGCUGCUCAGACUGGGCUCCCCAUGUGUGUCCUGGGAGCUUUGCUGGGACCUCUUCGGUUGAAUGCAAGAUCAUCAGUUUUUGGAACACGCAGGGAGUUUCCCCGGGUGGCUUUUAAAAGUACGACCUACAAUCAUCGGAAAAAAAUGAAAACAUUCGUCUACAAUCACUCUUCACAUCCUUGGGUCCCUGGGCCCUGCAGAACGGCAGGCGGGCCCGCUGUGUCCUCAGCAUCUUUUAUGAGAGGCGAUGGGAGCAGAGAUUGGAGGAUCUCAGACAGGAGCUGAACAUCCAGCCUCCUCCAGUCAUACUCAGUGCUUCAAACAAGAGGGGCGCCUGAAGAAGGACACAAAAAAAAAGAACUGUUCUACUAAAUUAUGUGCUGGCAAACCAGAAAUAUUGUGAAGGAUGACGUUAUGGGAUUUUUGUCUAGCAGGAUCUGUUGAGGAAAUGGGGACUUUUUUUUAUUUGGCCAUCUGAAUCAUUCAUUCUGUUCUUUAGCUUUCCGUUCACUCGGUUUAAAGUCCUGACAUGUUAAAGUUUCCAUUCUUUAUUUUCUACAGUGAACUUCACCCUGCACAGUCUGCAGCAAUCAGCUUAGAAUGAGUUUGUCAGCAUUUAUUACCCAAAAUACAUUUCAGAUCUCAAAAAUGAACAGCUACAUUAAAAAAGUAAUAUUUUCACAUUGUACUAAUAAUCUUUAUUAUCUAUUUUUUAAAACCUUAAAAUACCCUAUCAAUAGAGUUUUUACAGUAUUUCUGAAUGAACUGUUUUUACUGACUGGUGGGAAAGUUGUGUCUGUGCAGCUACAAUGGUUUAACCUUUAGACUUUUAUUAUAUAAGGCACUUACAGAAAUAAAUAGAACUAAAUACAUCAUUAUAA